AUGUCGCCAGACACGUCGCUGCUACCUGCCUCGGCAGAGUCCAAGGCACCACUUACAAAGAAGACCAAGAAGGCUCCUGAAGAGGAACAUCUAUGUCGCUGGAUCGGAUGUCUGGCGUCCAAAUUCCCUUCGUUGGCUUCCUUGGUAACUCACGUUAGUAAUCGCCACUUGCUGCAGAUGUCGCACAUGCCAGUCACCACUCCGGCUGCUCCUAUUCGUUACUCUUGUCAAUGGGAGGGUUGUUCAAGAUUUGAUGUGGAACAGCCGUCGAGGUUUGCUCUCAUUUCGCAUUGUCGAACUCACACGGGUGAAAAGCCGUAUUUUUGCCCCAUUCCCGAGUGUGAAAAGCAUUUCACUCGUUCGGACGCUUUGGCCAAACACGUUAAAGGUGUCCAUGACUUACACCAGCACAGAGACGCCAUAGGACUCAUGAGAUACCGAGCAGAUAAAGGAAAGUCUGAGUUUCCGGCAGAUUUCAACUUGGACGAGUUAACGGACGAGAAGUAUGCUGCUCUUUUGAAUAGGGAUUAUGAGCUCCGCAUGCCGUGGUGGUACCUGAAACGGUUUGCGGAUGCAGUGGCUGAGGAUUCUCAUACUUUGAAAGACUUGUAUGAUCAACCAGUAGACACAAGACAAUACGAUCUUGCCAAUGUCCGAUACAAAAAGUACUUGGCAAACCCCGAGGACGAACUAAUUGGAGCUCACGAAGUGGAAAACAACGGGCAAUUGGCAGAACUAAGUCAAGAGACCAAGCUGGUGGUGAAUGAGUACGUUGAGUCGCCAGACAUCCCUAAUGGAUCCACAUUGGCUGAGCUUCGCCAUGCAUACGAUAGACUACUGCUGAUAUAUUCCACUGCCAACCGUGUGAAUAAAAUCUUGACUAAAAAGUUGGCAUCUGCCACCAAGGAAAAAAGAAGGCUCUGGGCAGUGAACCAAAUACUCUUGGACGCCAAUGUGGAGGCUGGACUCCCACCACGGACGGGAGAACCUGUUACUCGAGAUGCAUUGGACGAAAACUUGAUGAAAGAAGGAAUUGAAUAG